CUCUCUACAACCGCCAUAAUCUAGGUAUAUAAAUAACCUUCAGGUCAAACUAUAGAACAAUCAUUCUACAUUUACAACUUCAACAAAAAUUAAGAAAUAAUUUGUUUGAAAUUCUCUGAUCAUCAUGGAAAAUCAACCACAACUCUCUGCAACCGCAGUUAUCAGCCCUCAAUACUGUGCUCCAGCUACGCAUCCAGUUGAUUUGAUAAUCAUAAAGGAGAGGACUCGAGGAAGACAUAACUUCACUGUCACAGACAUCAACAACAACAUUAUAUUUACAGUUAAAAGUCCUCUUGUAAGCAUCGUAACACCGCGCCAACACCGGUUCUUGUAUGAUGCUAACGGAAACCCAAUUCUCCAUCUUCGUAGAUCGUUGCUAGCUGCAGAUGAUAAAUGGAAAGCAUAUAGAGGUGAAAGUGAAGAGCCACAGGACCUCAUCUUUACUAGGGAGCGAUCCUCGUUAAUGCCGUUAAGGACCAAAUUAAAUGUGUAUUUGGCAAAUAAUAGCACACAAGAUUGUGAUUUCACUGUCAAAGCAAAUUUAUCUCAACUAUCUUGGAAAGUUUACCUCGGCAAUUCCGACAAUUUUGUUGCUCAGAUAGAGAAGCAGCGUGGCAGUAUGUUUAACAGGGAAAAGUUCAUGGUCACUGUUUCUCCCAAUAUGGAUUAUGCUUUCAUUGUGGCUCUAGUUGUGACUUUUGAUUAAGUUUUAGGUUUACAUUUUCAAUUUUUUGUUUGUUUGUGUAAAUGUAAAGAUAUAUUUUCUCAUAAAUUUAAGAAAAAUGAUAUUUGUAU